UCUGAAAAAAGAAAAAAAAAAAAGAAAGAAAUUUUCAUUAAAAUUUUUUUGAACAACUCUAAACAUAGAAAUUGUUUAACUGAACGGUGCUUAAGCCGUCGAAAUUCAGUAUACAAAUUUAACUAGUCAAUUUUUUAUUGUUGAUAAUGGAUGAUCGAACUGAAAUAGCUCAAGAUGGUCCCGCUGGCAUGGACCCCGAGGGCGUCAUCGAGUCGACCUGGCAUGAGGUUUACGAUAACUUCGAUGACAUGAAUUUGCGCGAGGAGCUGCUGCGCGGCAUCUAUGGCUACGGUUUCGAGAAGCCAUCGGCUAUCCAACAGCGCGCCAUCAUUCCUUGCGUCAAGGGUCGCGAUGUCAUUGCCCAGGCUCAGUCCGGUACUGGCAAGACUGCCACCUUCUCGAUUGCUAUCCUUCAGCAAAUCGAUACGUCCAUUCGUGAAUGCCAGGCCUUGAUCCUGGCCCCCACUCGCGAGUUGGCCACUCAAAUCCAGCGUGUGGUGAUGGCACUUGGAGAGUACAUGAAGGUGCACUCGCAUGCCUGCAUUGGUGGCACCAAUGUGCGCGAAGAUGCCCGCAUUCUGGAGUCCGGUUGCCACGUUGUGGUUGGCACUCCCGGUCGUGUCUAUGACAUGAUCAACCGCAAGGUGUUGCGCACGCAGCACAUUAAGCUGUUCGUCCUCGAUGAGGCCGAUGAGAUGUUGUCGCGCGGCUUCAAGGAUCAAAUCCAGGAUGUGUUCAAGAUGUUGCCCCCAGAUGUGCAGGUCAUUUUGCUGUCUGCCACCAUGCCCCCAGAUGUGCUUGAGGUGAGCCGUUGCUUUAUGCGUGAGCCCGUCAGCAUCCUGGUCAAGAAGGAGGAGUUGACACUGGAAGGUAUCAAGCAGUUCUAUGUUAACGUCAAGCAGGAAACCUGGAAGUUGGGCACACUGUGCGAUCUGUACGAUACGCUGUCUAUUACCCAGUCGGUUAUCUUCUGCAACACUCGUCGCAAGGUCGAUCAACUGACCCAGGAGAUGUCCAACCACAACUUCACUGUGUCGGCCAUGCACGGCGACAUGGAGCAGCGUGAUCGUGAGGUGAUCAUGAAGCAAUUCCGUUCGGGCUCUUCCCGUGUGCUAAUCACAACUGAUUUACUGGCGCGUGGUAUCGAUGUGCAGCAGGUGUCGUUGGUUAUCAACUACGAUCUGCCUUCGAAUCGCGAGAACUAUAUUCAUAGAAUCGGUCGCGGUGGUCGUUUCGGUCGCAAGGGUGUUGCGAUCAACUUCAUCACAGAUGAUGAUCGACGAAUCCUGAAGGAUAUUGAACAAUUCUACCACACUACUAUUGAGGAAAUGCCUGCUAAUAUUGCCGAUUUGAUUUAAAUAUUUGUUGAGCAAAAAAAAAAAAAGAAAUUUAAUACAAGAAAAUAAAACAAGAAAAAAGUGAGUGAGCGCUACCUACAACAGCAAAGAGUUUUGCGAACAAAUAGCGCAAAAUCUAUUUAAACACACAACAUAAGAACAACUAAGAACUAAAUCACGUUAAAUAUAUAUUUAUUCAAACAACCCAAUACAAACAGCAGCAGGAGCAACAAUAACAGCAACAACAACAGCAGCAGUAAGGCAGAAGAAAUCAACAACAUUUUUACAAGCAACCAACCAGUCAAAUACCAUCAUCAGCCUUAGCAGCAACAUCAGCCGGGCUGGCUGGUUGGCGCUUUAACCUCUUCCUAAAGAAACCCAAUCAAUAUCCAACCAAUUGAAGAACAGCUGUAAACAUCAAGAAGAAUAAAAACUGCGUCGUCAACAAGCAACAAACAACAAAUCUAAACAUUAAACGCUAAAACGGGGAAACACAAACACGAAGACCAUCUUUCGAUAUUUGUGUGUGCGAAAACAACAACAACCACAACAUCCAUAUUGUUUUAGCCUUUUCUAGAACUAUUGAUAAAAAUAUUAAAAACAAUACAAAAAAGAAAAAAAAAA